UGGAAAAGCAGAAAAAGAAAGAAGAAGAAUACAAACAACUUAAAAAAGCGACGAAUGAUGUAAAAGGCUUCAUCAAAACUGCAGAGAGCAAAGUCAAAUGGCAGUGCUUCCGAAAAGUUUGUCAAAGAGAAAUCAGAAAUUCUUCAAAAUUGUCAAACAUUCAGGAACUGGAUCAAAGAAAACGAGAACGCAACGCCAAAUGAUAUUUAUGACAACUUGAAGAAGUUUAGAGAAUGGAGUGAGAACAUUUUUGAGAAAAUGGAGGCAGCCAUUGAGAUGGAACAGCAUGCAGAAUUUCAGAUGGAUGAUGAUAUGAUAGCAAAAGCAAGUGACGAGCGCAAUGCUCUGGAAAAAUAUGUAUACAACAUCAAACAAUCCAUAACGAGUGCCGUGUAUGAAGACAAACUAGAAAACAAUGUUAAAGAGGAAAUCACUUCUGGAUGCAACAGAAUUUUAGAGUGGCUAGAUGAAAAUCAGAAUGCAAGUGUCGAUGAAUGCUCCACUAAAAGAAAUGAAUUGGAUAGAAUUUGCCUUCCACUAUUAGAGAAGAAACGAGAAGAACAGGCAAGUUGUGUUUAA